ACUUGUUGUGCCUUUACGCGAGAGCUUGUGUACAACGUCAUCACCCCCUCCUAGGGGCCCUAGUAACCUCGGCAGCGUCUUGGGGAGAUAAAGCAACAAGAUGGGUUUGCUGUCAAUCCUUCGGAAGCUAAAGAGCACACCAGAUCAGGAGGUUCGGAUCUUGUUGCUGGGUUUGGACAACGGAGGAAAGACCACACUGCUUAAACAACUUGCUUCCGAGGACAUCAGUCACAUCACCCCCACACAGGGCUUCAAUAUAAAGAGUGUUCAGUCUCAGGGUUUUAAAUUGAAUGUGUGGGACAUCGGGGGACAGAGGAAGAUCAGACCCUACUGGAGAAACUACUUUGAGAACACUGAUGUGCUGAUUUACGUAAUCGACAGUGCAGACAGAAAAAGAUUUGAGGAGACGGGGCAGGAACUGGCUGAGCUGUUGGAUGAGGAGAAGUUGAGUGGUGUUCCAGUGCUGAUCUUUGCCAACAAACAGGACCUGCUGACGGCAGCCCCAGCCUCUGAGAUCGCUGAGGGACUCAACCUGCACACCAUCCGGGACCGUGUCUGGCAGAUCCAGUCCUGCUCUGCCCUCACUGGGGAGGGGGUACAGGACGGAAUGAACUGGCUCUGCAAGAGUGUCAAUGCUAAGAAGAAGUAGCACAGCUGUCUGUUUUCACACACCCUGAGCCUGUGGGAGGAUGGGGUGUUCCUUGGAAUGUACACACUAAAUCAACAUGGACAUGAAGAGUUUUUAACCGCCUGGCUGGCCUCUACACAUUGUUUAUUAAACUACAACUCUCGCUAGAACUUCCAUGUUGCUCUUCAAAAUGGAGUGGGGGUACAAAGGGAACCCAUCCCAGGAGACCCCCCACCCCACCCCAGCCUAACCAUCCCACCUCCAGCCUGUCAAAACAUUUCACCCCAGCCUAACCAUCCCACCUCCAGCCUGUCAAAACAUUUCACCCCAGCCUAACCAUCCCACCUCCAGCCUGUCAAAACAUUUCACCCCAGCCUAACCAUCCCACCUCCAGCCUGUCAAAACAUUUCACCCCAGCCUAACCAUCCCACCUCCAGCCCAUCAAGACAUUCCACCCCAGCCUAACAAUCCCACCUCCAGCCCAUCAAGACAUUCCACCCCAGCCUAACAAUCCCACCUCCAGCCCAUCAAGACAUUCCACCCCAGCCUAACAAUCCCACCUCCAGCCCAUCAAGACAUUCCACCCCAGCCUAACAAUCCCACCUCCAGCCCAUCAAGACAUUCCACCCCAGCCUAACAAUCCCACCUCCAGCCCAUCAAGACAUUCCACCCCAGCCUAACAAUCCCACCUCCAGCCCAUCAAGACAUUCCACCCCAGCCUAACAAUCCCACCUCCAGCCCAUCAAGACAUUCCACCCCAGCCUAACAAUCCCACCUCCAGCCCAUCAAGACAUUCCACCCCAGCCUAACAAUCCCACCUCCAGCCCAUCAAGACAUUCCACCCCAGCCUAACAAUCCCACCUCCAGCCCAUCAAGACAUUCCACCCCAGCCUAACAAUCCCACCUCCAGCCCAUCAAGACAUUCCACCCCAGCCUAACAAUCCCACCUCCAGCCCAUCAAGACAUUCCACCCCAGCCUAACCAUCCUACCUCCACCCGUCAAGACCCCCCACCCCAGCCUAACCAUCCCACCUCCACCACGUCAAGACCCCCACCCCAGCAUAACCAUUCCACCUCCACCCCCGUCAAGACCCCCCACCCCCACCCCAGCCUAACCAUCCCACCACCCCGUCAAGACCCCCCACCCCAGCCUAACCAUCCCACCUCCACCCCGUCAAGACCCCCCACCCCAGCCUAACCAUCCCACCUCCACCACGUCAAGACCCCCCACCCCAGCCUAACCAUCCCACCUCCACCCCGUCAAGACCCCCCACCCCAGCCUAACCAUCCCACCUCCACCCCGUCAAGACCCCCCACCCCAGCCUAACCAUCCCACCUCCACCACGUCAAGACCCCCCACCCCAGCAUAACCAUUCCACCUCCACCCCGUCAAGACCCCCCCACCCCCACCCCAGCCUAACCAUCCCACCUCCACCCCGUCAAGACCCCCCACCCCAGCCUAACCAUCCCACCUCCACCUAGUCAAGACAUUACACCCACAUACAUUUCAGAUCUUUAUAAUGUCCUUCACCACAACAUCAGUCUAUUCACUCACUCUUUAGAGGUUGUCCUGGAAACCAGCUCUCUCUUCUCUCUUUCUCUUCCCUGUCUCCUUGCCUGGGUACCAGUCUCUUUAGCAUACAUUCCAUUCCUUGUACUCCGUGUCAUAUUCCAAAGCAUGACAGGAGUGGCAAGGAGUGGAAUGAUAGCCAGAGACGGUUACCCAGACUACCUUUCUCUCCCUUUCAUUCUCCUUCAUUCAGUUUGCUCAGUUGUUGUUUUUAAUUCCAUGACAAGCUCCUUUCUCGAUUCAGUUCUGUUUUGAAGUGAGGUAUAUUUUUGUAAUUCUUUAUUUAUGGUGAAGUAGAGGAUAAUAGCGUACUGUGAGAUGCUCGCAAACAACAUAAACUGUGUGUGGUUACUAGGAUGACAGGGAAACAUUGUAUACUGUGCUUUACUCCCCUGUGAAAAGGUUAGUGUGUUAAUAUGUAAAAAAUACCUGAAAUGGCACAAUGUUACCUAAAUAAUGAACUAGUUUUGGCCACAGCCCAUUUGAGUAGAGCUCUACAUAGUGAAUAGUGUGCCAUUUUGGACAAAGCCUGUUCAAUCAAAUGGAAAAAUACACCUUUUUUGAUGAUCAAUUGUAUAUAACCCCUAUUCAUAUGUUAUGUUAUGCGCAUAUGGUAGAGUACAUAUUAGACCUGUACUAUGUAAUCUAUCAUAUCUGCAUAUGUAAUAUGUGUUGAUAGAUUUUAACAGGGGUAUAUGACAAUGUAUUUCUCGGUGUUUCAUUGUCUUUGGUUUUAGAGGGCAUUUACAAAAAAAGGCUGUUUCCUUUUGAUAUUCUUGAAUGUGAUCUGUCCAAGGAUUGAAGGUACGUGAAUAAAAUGUGAGGGGGAAAAAGAGA